UGCCCCUCGCAGCCUGACUGUCACAGCAACAAAAGGAAACCGUUUUUUUUUAGAAACGACGAGACUCUUUCACAGACUCCGAUGCCUCAUGAGGAAGGUGGAACCCAACCCCCCUCUCUUAUUCCCAGACGCCGAGGAAACUGGGCUCAGCAUGCAAGAUACUUUUUCAUUGCACUCUGCGCCCUCGUCUUGUACCUCACUGAGCAGUCUCUCCACCGUGUCGCCCAAUGCCUUAUUAUUCAUUUUGUGGUCCAGCAAGUUGAAGUACUUCUCAAGGGGAUCUGCAGCUUCACAGAAGAAGUCCACCAUCUGUCAGCCAGGUAUCAUGGGAAGUAUUUCAGGGCCCUAAAUGCCUGCCUGGAUUUCCACAGGCACGGCCUCCUCCUGCUGCUAUGUGGGGCUGCCUACUUGUUGCUCCCCAAAGAACCCGGGCUUCCGCUCUGCUUAAAUCUGAGCCUCAUGUGCCUCUGUCGGCUUCUGACUAUCAUCUUUGGCCUUCAGAAUCCUUCAACUGCUGAGAUUUCAGAAAUAUGUGAACGAAACAACCUCAAUGUAGCACAUGGACUUGCCUGGUCUUAUUAUAUCGGCUAUUUAAAAAUCGUUUUGCCCCGCCUUAAAGAUUCAAUUAGUGUUUUCAAUGAAAAUAAUAGAUUUUUGCUGAAAUGCAAGAAGACUUGGAAACUGCAUAUCCUCCUUCCCCUGAACUGUGAAGUGUACGAUAGCCUGUGGAGGGCUGACAGUCGGAUUCAGUUCAUAAACAACCUCCCAGAACUGAAUGUGGAUCGAGCUGGUAUUAAGAGGAGAACCUACAAAAACAGCAUCUACGGAAUCUCAGACGAGGACCAAAAGACGCAUUUUUGUGUGGUGGAGUAUGCCACCCCUCUGCAAUCCCUGUAUGCCAUGUCCCAAGAUGAAAAUGCUGCUUUUAGCAGGCAAGCCCGUCUGGAACAAGCCAAGCUGUUCUGCAGAACACUGGAGGAAAUCUUAGAGAAAUCCAAGGAGUGCUCUGGCUGCUACCAGCUCAUCGUGUACAAUGACUCAGAAGAAAAUGACAAGCAUUUUUUGUCCAAGGAAAUCCUACGACACCUAAAACAGCAGAACCAGGAGGAAUACAGCAUGUGUGAAAAGGAGGAAGGGUGCAUUCCCACACAGGCCAGUCGUCAGCCUGUUGAAGAAACCGAGCUUCUGAUUAGUGACUGUGACCUGCCUCUGUCUUUGCAUAGUGAAAGGAACUGAAAUGGGGAUGUGGGCUUUUGCCCUCAUCUCAGUGUAGGGUUGCCAGCCUCCAGGUAUGGGCUAGAAGUCUCUGGGAUCUCCAAACGACAUAGAUCACUUCCCUUGGAGAGAAUGGCUGCUUUGGAGGGUGGACUCUAUGGCAUCAGGGCUUUUUUUCAGCAGGAACGCAGUGGAAUGGAGUUCCGGCACCUCUUGGAAAUGGUCACAUUUGCCCGCGGUGCGGAGAGCAAUCUCAACUCCUCUCUGUCUGGAGAUCAGGGCACGGGGCCACCGGCCAUGUGACCAUUUUCGCCGAGGAUGAUUUAAACUUUAAAGAACUCCCCCCCCCUUGUUCCAGCUGACCUGAAGUGACCUGAGUUCCACCACUGAGUUCCACCACCUCUUUUCCCAGAAAAAAGCCCUGUAUGGCGUUAUACCCUGCUGAGGUUCUCCCCCUCCCCAAACCCUGCCCUCCUGUACAAAACCCUCCCCUCCCCAGCUUCAUCCCAGAUCUCCAGGAAUUUCCCAACCCAAAGUUGGAAAUCCUACCUUAGAGCCCUCCUGCACAAAAUCACCAGGAUGGCUUCCAACAUAAUCAGGGAUACCAGAUUUCAACCUGGAAUGCCACCAAGAUUUCAGCAACAUCCCGAAGUCUUCUGAAGCAAGGCCAGACGGCACAAAGGUGCCGGGAGGAACGGAGGCAGCAGCACCCUCAGAAGAUUGGGGGCAGGAAACUGUGGGCUCAGGCAAUCCUACCAGAAGAGGAAACUGAAAUAUGGAAAUUAUGAACUCCCACGUUUGUCUCAAUAUGAAAUAUUGGAAAUAUAUUCAUAUAGGAAAUAUGAAUUAUGAACUCCCACAUUUGUCUCAAUCUAGGGGUCCCACUACACGGUACUUCCUUUAUGAGUUCUCCAUGAAGCCAACCCAUGUUCUGUGCAGACAGACACACGUCAGCUCUGGGGAUUGGCUUCUAUUAAAAAAACAAGAGUGCAAAUGGGCUCAGAAAACUGCUGCUAGGGAGGGAGAGCUCCUGUCUUUCUCCCAUGCCUUUUUCCUCAUGCAUAAACAUGUAGCGCAGUGGGGAGAGUUUCCCCCUUCUUGCUGCCACACAGGCACACCGUUCAUGACAACUGGGGAUGCUGUGAAUUUCACACCAAACCUAUUCCAUAGGUUCAAUAUGAAAUUCACAGCGUCCCUCCCUAAGAGUUAGUGUGAUGUUUCCUCCAUUUUUAAAAAAAUUCUAAACUGCUACCAGAAGCUGCAUUAGAAAUUCAUGUGAAAUUUCCCUUCUUUCCCCAGGGUCAUUUUUCUUAUUCACUCUGCCCUCUUCCAGCUGCUUUUUGCCCCAUGGAGGAAAAAGGUAUGAAAAUCUAGAUCUUUUACCUCAAGAGAAAAGACCCGGAGACCCCGAGGGACAGGGAUGCUCCUCUAUUAGGCAGAGUGGGGUGGCAGCCCAGGAAAAGGGCCCCACCCCACCCUGGUUCAGCCUCCCACAAAGAGGGAAGGAGCAGCUGCUCAGCCAGCCCAGAGUAGGAGAUGCCCGGCUAAGGCAACUCCUGUCCCUUGCCUAGCGAGGUGAGGCCUGGUGGAGAGGCCCCAUCCCUCUCUGCAGGCCUGCCCCCCUUUUGGGGCAGGAACGAGCCUGGCAGGGUGUGACCUCUGGGACUAGGUGACCCUGGUGUUAGUCAUCCCCCCAGGCCAUCAGCCCACAGGAAUGCUUCCUGGUGGCCUUAAUGGCCACUGUACCCUGGCCGUUUCCACCAACAGAGAGUUCCAUAGCUGCCAAUGAGAGCCGCAGGGACCCGGAUCCUACCAGGAGAAGACUAUGCAGGCCACUGAUGCCCUCGCAGGCCCCUGGUUAGGCAGCAGCCUAGACCGUCCUGCUCAUCAACUCCCUAAGGCCCCUGUGGAAGUUGCCAUGUCAUCUUAAUGGUUCUUGGAAAGUGUUACCAGCCAGGCAGGAAGACGCAGGGCCAGAUCGAGAGGGGGCAGGGGGGUAGUCUGCUCCCGGCACCGCCAAGGAGGGGGCGCCGGGAGCAGCUGCCAG